AUGGCAGAUCCUUAUGACCGAGAUCCUGAAAAGGACGGCUCUGCAGUGGUCGUCCAAGCCAAGGGCAAUACCGGCAGACUUGGUGCUACGAAGCGUCAAGUCCGUUAUUUCGACGACAGUGACGAGAUUCAACAGAUCGGCCCUUCCACAAACAAUAAUGCCAAACUCAAGAGAAAGGGGUCGGCCUACUCUAUCCACUCCCUAUCAAGCAUAAGGAGUGGCCGACGAGAGGUUGAUCCUGCCACUGCGCUGCCUGUUCUAUACCGCACUUUGAGUAUAGACAUGGAACGAGUGCAGAGAGAAAAGGACUCAGUCAUUAAGAGAAGAUACAGCGAUGCGACCAUGGCGGAUCUCGAAGAUCUCGAGUGGCACGCUCUAUCUAUCCACGACGUUUCUCAGAAACUACACACAUCGAUAGAGACUGGUCUCUCAAUACAAGGCGUCAAAGACAAAACUGAAGUCUUUGGAGCCAACACCCCAACCCCACCAAAGUCUCGGCUACUGCAGAAGAUAUUCUUCUAUCUCUUUGGAGGCUUUGGUUCCAUACUUUUCGGUGGAAGCAUUCUCGUCUUUGUUUCAUGGAAACCACUCGGCGAACCAAAUCCCGCAGUGGCCAACUUGGCUCUGGGAAUCGUUUUGGCCAUUGUGUGGUUAGCACAAGCCGCGUUCAAUGCUUGGCAGGAUUUCUCCUCUUCCAGAGUCAUGAAAAGCAUCACAGGCAUGCUACCAGAAGACUGUAGUGUUUUGCGUGACGGCAGCAGGAGAUUGGUUCCGGCAUCUGAAGUUGUCCCCGGCGAUAUUCUCUUCUUCAGCGCCGGCAACAAGCUACCUGCUGACAUUCGAUUCGUUGACGUGUCAACUGAUGCAAAAUUCGAUAGAAGCAUCUUGACUGGCGAAUCAAAUCCUCUGCCAGCCGUCGCUGAGUCUCUGGAGAAGAACUAUCUCGAAACAAAAUGUAUUGGGAUGCAAGGGACUCACUGUACCUCUGGAAGUGGUCUGGGUGUAGUUGUCGCGACUGGAGACAGCACAGUCUUUGGCCGUAUCGCGAAGCUAACCAACAAACCCAAGACUGGUCAAACGGCGCUGCAAAAAGAGAUUUUCAGAUUUGUCCUGAUAAUCGCAACGUUGAUGAUUUUGAUGGUGGCUGUGAUUGUUGCUCUGUGGGCGGGCUUUAUUCGUCAUAAAUAUCCCGACUAUAUCUCAGUCUCAACAUUAAUUGUGGACUGUGUAAGCGUGGCUAUUGCCUUUAUCCCAGAAGGUCUACCAAUAGCCUUGACUGCGUCCCUUACAAUUACUGCGGGCAUUAUGAAGAAAAACAAUAUCCUCUGCAAGUCUCUGAAGACAGUAGAGACUUUGGGAACAGUUUCGGUGCUGUUAUCAGAUAAAACAGGGACUCUGACCAAGAAUCAAAUGACCGUGACAGAUUGUCUUAUUGGGUCCAAGGUCUUGACUGUCGCAGAGGCUUUACAAGAAAUGUCAGACAAAUCGGAUUCACCUAAAAGGGCCACCCUCAAGCAACUUUGCGUUACUUCUGCAGUGUGCAACGCUGGAGAGUUUGACCCCACGACUAUUCAUCUCCCGAUCUCAGAGCGAAAGAUACUUGGUGAUGCGACCGACCAAGCUAUUCUUCGCCUGUCAGAAUUGUUGGGCUCAGUGAAAGAGUCUCGCGAACUAUGGAUCAAACGAUUUGACCUCGCAUUCAAUUCAAAGAAUAAAUUCGCUUUACGUGUUAGCUCUGCUCGCGACCAAACUUCAUUGGAAACUUCGCUCUCUGCUUCCGAAACUGAUGACUUUGACGCUCAAAAGGAUUACGUCUUAAUGAUCAAGGGUGCACCAGAUGUUUUGCUCCCUCGAUGUUCAAAAUAUGUUGGCGAAGAUGGUGGCGUGCACGAUUUUGAUGAGACGAUUCGCUUGUCCAUUGAAGAGGGCAAGAACUCAUGGUCAAGCGAAGGGAAACGUGUUUUGGCUCUUGCACGCAAGGUCCUUCCUAGCAGCAUAAUUCAGACAAAUCCAGAAGACAAUUUAUUCGAAAGAGAAGCUCUGGAAUUGGCACGGACUGGUCUUACGCUUAUUGGGCUUGUUGCGAUUGAAGAUGCUCCAAGAGAGGAGGUUCCCGGUGUGAUUGAGACUCUACAUCGUGCCGGUAUCCGUACUGCCAUGGUUACGGGGGAUUUUCAGCUCACGGCUCAAGCUAUUGCUCGCUCCUGUGGUAUCAUUAGUGUCCCAGACGCUGAAGUCCACAGCAUCCAGAACCUCCCUCGCACGCCGCCCAACUUUGAGCCCAAGAAAAAUAACAAAUCCAACCACCUUCCGACAGAAAUCAAGGCAAUUGUCUUGACAGGCCAGGAUCUAAUGACUCUGCUACCUCAUCAAUGGCACACUUUGGUGACGGAAUACUCAGAGAUUGUAUUUGCUCGGACAACACCAGAGCAUAAGCUUCAAAUUGUGCGGGAAUUCCAGUCGCAGUCUUACGUCGUUGCCAUGAUCGGAGAUGGAGUGAAUGACGCCCCAAGUUUGAAGCAAGCGGAUAUUGGCAUUUCACCUGCAUCUGGCUCCGACAUUGCUGUUGAAGCCGCAGACAUGGUCUUACUAAAUACAUUCUCCGCUAUCCCAGAGGCUGUUCUCUACGGCCGCGUCGUGUUUGACAAUCUGAAGAAGACAAUCGCGUAUUUACUACCGGCUGGCUCUUGGUCAGAGUUCUGGCCGGUGUUUACUAAUGUGGCUUUCGGUCUCCCUCAGAUACUGUCUUCUUUUCUCAUGAUUAUUAUAUGCUGUUUCACAGACUGUGCAACCGCAAUUUCCUUGGCUUACGAGAAACCAGAGGCCAAUGUCAUGCUACAGCCACCUCGAGACAUAAUAAAUGACCGCCUCGUCGACUGGAAGCUACUUUUCCAAGCCUAUGGUUUUGUUGGUACAUUUGAGACCGUCCUCUCUUUCACAAUGUCGUACUGGUAUCUACAGCGAAAGGGUUUGACUUUCGGAUCGUUAUGGUUCUCGUUUGGAUCAAUUCCAACGCCCGAAGGACAGACCGUGGACGAAGUUACUGCUCAUUUAACAGUGGCAUCUUCAGUCUAUUUUAUAACAUUGGUUGUAAUGCAGUGGUUCAAUGCGAUGGCGCUGCGUACUCGACACCUCUCAAUAUUCACGCAUCCACCGCUGUUCAACCCCAAGACUCAAAACUGGCUCCUUUUUCCGGCAAUCCUAUUUGCUCUUGCUAUCGGUUUAAUAUUCACGAUGAUUCCGGGUAUUGGUUACCCAGGCUGCGCGCCAGUUCCUGUAGAGCAUUGGUUUAUCCCCAUGGCAUUAGGCCUUGGCCUAUUGUGCAUUGAUGAGCUGAGGAAGAUGAUGAAGAGAAGAUAUCCUGGUGGACUUGUCGCAAAGAUUGCUUGGUAA